AUGGCUCGUCCUAAGGAAAUGAUGGGUGAGAUAUGGCUUGUUUGUCCAAGGCUACAAACCACUCCCCCAAUCAACGGUUAUGGAAGUCAAGACCCCAAAAAUGUAACUUCCUUGGUGGUUAGGGAAGUUAACUCCGAAUCCUCCGAACUCUACAAUGGUCGGAGAGGAUAUUCCAAGAGGCAGCGGCAUGAGGCAUAUGGGGAAGAGCAAGACCAGAGACAAGGAGAUGGAAGAAGUGCUGUGCUUGGAAGUCAAUCAAGGGGCACCACAUCAAGAAGGGUGCCACACUUGGAGAAAGAGAUUGACCAGAUGAGGAAGGUUAUGGAUGAGAUGAGGGAGAACAUGAGAAGAACAAAUCCUGUAGAGGAUCUAGUUCAUUGCACAGAUUCCCCUUUCACGGCUUCCAUCAAUGGUCACCCCUUGCCUCCAAAAUUCAAGAUGCCUUCCUUGGAUUCAUAUGAUGGAGCGCGUGACCCGUUUGAUCACAUUGCUACUUUUAAGACUAAAAUUCACCUUCAAGGGGUCUUAGAUGAAAUUAUGUGUAGAGCAUUUCCUACCACCCUCAAAGGUCCGACACGAGUGUGGUUCAGUAAAAUACCCCCGAAUUCGGUAAGUUCUUUCGAAGAGUUGAGCAAGUUGUUCGUUAAUAACUUCAUUGGGGAACAAAGACACAAGCGUUCUUCGUCCAGCCUGUUGACCAUAGAACAGGGGGAGAAUGAAAGUCUGCGGUCCUUUAUCACUCGUUUCAACAGGGAAGCCUUGACGGUAGAUGAUAAGCUACUACUGGCAGCCUUUCACAACGGGGUUAAUUCUGAUUUAUUCAUCCACAAGCUUUAUGAGAAGGAGCCUCAAUCCAUGGCUGAACUCGUCCAUUCAGCCUAG